AGGAGAGCGGUGGAAGAUACAGGAGCCAGAUAGUCACAAGAGAUGAGGCGCUGCUGAAAGAAGUCACCAUGGCUUGGUCUGACAAGAAAAGAGGAAAUAGAAUGUUUACAUCAGAGAAGAGAAGUCACUGGAUGUAAGAGGCAACUGAGGAAUCAUCGAUGAAACAGUGAUCGCUCCGUGCAGCGACACUUUGACAUCUGUGUCCUACCAGAAACUCCUCAUGUGCAUCAUUUUUUUCAAGUUUGAUCCCCGCCCUGUCUCCAAGAAUGCUUACAGGCUCAUCCUAGCAGCGAAUAGGGAUGAAUUUUACCACAGACCUUCCAAACCUGCAGACUUCUGGGGCAGCAAUAAUGAGAUUCUUAGUGGUGUGGACCUGGAGGCAGGGAAGGAAGGAGGAACGUGGUUGGGUAUCUCUAAAAGAGGGAAGUUUGCUGCUCUCACAAACUACUUACAACCAAAAAUAGAUGUAAAUGCCAAAGGCAGAGGCUCCUUGGUGGCCAACUUCCUGACAUCAGAUCUUGAUAGCUUUUCAUAUUUGAAGAGGAUAUCUGCUGAGGGACAUCUUUACAAUGCAUUUAACUUGGUUGCAGCAGAUUUCAACAACACAAAUGGAGAUGUGCUUCACUAUUAUGGAUCCAAAGGAGAGCAAGAGCCAAUUCAACUAAAACCCGGAGUGUACGGCUUGAGCUGCAGCCUGCUAGAUACCCCUUGGAAGAAACUCCAACAUGGGAAGAAUCUGUUUGCUGACAUCAUCAAAAAGAGCCAGGACAUUGCCAGAGAAGACCUAGUACAGGAGCUUAUUAAAGUGAUGAAUAAUGAAGAACCACAGUUACCAGACCCAGCUAUAGAAGAACAGGGAAAAGACUUUGUCCGGCCAAUCCUACGCAGCUAUUCAGCAGUUUGUGUUCGUUGCCCAGGCUAUGGAACAAGGACCAACACCAUCGUUCUUAUUGAUGGAGAAGGACAAGUGACCUUCACGGAGCGCACAAUGCUAAAUUGUGACAUCACUCAGUGGAAAACCAGCACUUAUCAGUUUAAGCUACAACCCUAGCGCCUCAUCCUAAAGAAAAGUCUGUGUUAACCAAGGAGAAAUAUACAUAACACACAUAUCUGGUGCUUGAAAUAUGCGAAAACAUAUUCACUUAUUUGAAACAACUGUAUCAACUAGCACAAAAGCCAGAGAACCAAAAUAAUUGCAGUAGUGCAAACCACAGCACAAUCACCAGUUGGAAAUAUCUCUUUGUCUCUGAACAUGUUUUUUUAACUUGGUGGUAUUUAUGCAGCAAGCGCAUCAAUAAUGCAUCAGAUGCCAUAAAAAACAAAUGGGUAGGAAAAACAGUCAGUAUUUUAUCUGUAAUCUGAGCGGCAGUGAUCUGUGAUUUGUAGCCUCUAGUUUUGCUUUAAGAACAUGCAUUAAGAAGUGAUAGGGCUAAUAACGUGAGGACAUCAUUAUGCUGAGAUUUGUAACGUGACGGGAUCAGCCAUCUUGGUUUAUUUUCUUACCAGAGCCUAAGGUUUUAUUUUAAUGACUGAUCUUGAGGCAAGAUAUUAACUAAUAUUAGUGCUGGCUGUUAGAGAGUGCGGCUUCCUAGCUAAAUAGCUUUUAAUAAAAAUGUCAAGCUUUUACAAGAUCCAGUUUUAUCAUCUGGGGAGGGGGAAUAUUGCCUCAAUUAUCUAAAGUAACAAUUCUGAUAAUCUGGCAUGUUUGAGACUAUAAGGCCUAGUUCACACUUCAGUGUUUGGUCAGUGAUUUCCAUCAGUGAUUUGUGAGCCAAAACCAGAAGUGGAGCCUCCAUAGACAUUAGGUAGAAGGGAAAGAUCUGCUCCUGUUCU